GUCACAUGACCGUCAGCUGAUCGGCGUGAUCAAAUUUCGGCUGUGAAGUUUGUUUGUGCGUCUCAGCUGCGGCUAAACGAGACCAAAGUCUGCGAAAGUGGGCUGAAUUAAAGACUUGAAAACCCUUACCUGGAUUUACUGUUAAUAACCGGUGUUAUUGGGCCAGAGAAGGCGAAGUGGUGAUGGAGGCAGACACGCUUGAGAACCAGCUUCUCCUCUAUGCUAAAACAGGCAGCUGUCCUCACAUUGAGAGGCUCCUUCAGUCCAGGAUCCAUCAAAACACCUCUCUGGAUAUCAACUGCAGAUCGAGGUCUAAAGUCAGCUCAGGAUGGACGCCCCUCCAUAUGGCCUGUUACUUUGGACACAGAGAAGUUGUGGAGGAGUUGCUCAAGGCAGGUGCUGAUGUAAAUCUGCAGAACAACAUGGGUGACACACCUCUACACAAAGCAGCCUACACUGGGAGAAAGGAAAUUGUCUGUUGUUGCGCGGUAUGAUGCCUGUUCCAACAUAAUCAAUGGAACAGCUCAAAUCCCCAAGAUGUCACAGAGGAUGAUGAAAUCAUUACAAUGCUGGAGGCUGCAGAGAGAAGAGAGACAAGGCGACGAGAGGAGAAGCUUCUGGAAGCAGCCAGGGAGGGGGACAUCUCUACUCUGUCUAAGAUGCUCAGUGGAAAAGAAACGCCAGAUAUUCACUGCAGGGACUCGGUGGGGAAUACGCCUUUACACUGUGCAGCCUACAGAGGGCAGAAGCAGUGCAUUAUAAAGCUGCUCAAGUCUGGAGCCAGCCCAUGUAUUAAAAACAGCAAUGACCAGACAGCAUUAGACCUGAUCCGCAGUGAUGAACUGAGACUUAUUCUAGCAGCCUAUCAAGUCAAGGAUGCGAAUAGUGGGGUGCAGAAGAUUGAAGGCCCUCUCUGGAAGAGUUCACGCUUUCUCGGAUGGCGAUCCCACUGGGUUGUGAUUGAAGAUGGAGCUCUCUCCUGGUACCACAGACAAGCUGAUGCACAGGCUGGUGUCAGAAAACAGGGCUCCAAGUCUCUAACACAAUCUUACUGCAUGGUCAAACCAUGGGAUCAUUGCUUCUUCAUGCUCAGGUGCUUUGAUGACACUGUACAUUAUUUUAAGGUGCCCUCAAAGACAGAUUCAGUGUCUGCAAGAAAAAGAUGGCUGGAUGCCUUUGAGGCACAUUCGUCUUACAGUACUCGCCACUGCACUGAGGAAAAGAUUAUCGAUGAUGCAGAUGGUGACGGUGGCACCACAGUGAGGAAUCUGUCACACGCCCUUCAGGCGGCCAAUGCUUUCCAGCAGAAAUUGGAGAGUGAAGUGUCAAUAUUUCUAUCGAUGGUGAAGAAUGAGGAGAACUGUGCAUUGGCUGCCCCUCUGUUACUGAAAGCCAAAGAGACCGGUGAGCUCUCCAGUGAAACCUGCGCUGCUCUCCAUCAGUGCCUUGAACUACUUUCAAAACAAGAGGAGGUGUGGAGUCUGAAGUUAGAGCAGGAGGUGGAGAAGAACAAAGCUCUGACAGAGGCUCUGCAGACAUUGGCAACUGAGCACUACGAACUCAAGCAGUCCCUGUGUAAGAACAGGAGGUCAUCCACCCUCAGUACCCUCACUGAAGAUGACUUCUAUGAUGCUGUGUCAGAGUCGGAGUCGGAGCUCUCUGUGAGCGGCUUCCUGUCUGUGGCCAGCCACUCCUGUGAAGAGGACGAGGGGAGAGACGCCCCCCUUCUCAGCAGCCUCCGCCAUCCCAACGCACUCAGGGGGCCUACCGGAAUGUCAGGGGAGGGUGACCAUGGCAACGAACCAGCCCAGUACAAUGGAGUCAAGAAGCACAGAACAUGUCUACCGGCUCCUAUGUUCUCAAGGAAUGAUGUCAGCAUCUGGAGUAUCCUGAAAAAAUGCAUCGGCAUGGAGUUGUCAAAGAUUGCCAUGCCUGUGAUAUUUAAUGAGCCUCUGAGUUUCCUCCAGCGGCUAACAGAGUACAUGGAACACACCUACCUCAUCCAUCAGGCCAAUGCCACAACAGACUCUGUCGAGAGGAUGAAGUGUGUUGCAGCAUUUGCUGUGUCAGCUGUAGCGUCACAGUGGGAGAGGACCGGGAAACCUUUCAACCCACUACUGGGGGAAACCUAUGAGCUUAUCAGAGACGAUUUGGGCUUUAGGUGGGUGUCGGAGCAAGUAAGCCAUCACCCUCCAGUCAGUGCCUUUCAAGCUGAGGGCCUCAAGGAGGAUUUCAUCUUCCAUGGGUCCAUCUACCCUAAACUUAAGUUUUGGGGAAAGAGCAUAGAAGCUGAACCCAAGGGACUCAUCACACUGGAACUGCCCAAAUAUAAUGAAGCCUACACCUGGACAAAUCCUACCUGUUGUGUCCACAACAUCAUUGUUGGUCAGCUUUGGAUUGAGCAGUACGGCAGCGUGGAAGUUAUCAAUCACAAGACCGGAGAGAGAUGCAGCAUGACGUUCAAGCCCUGUGGCCUCUUUGGAAAUGAGCUCCAUAAAGUGGAGGGUUACAUCCUCGAUAAAAGCAAAAAGAAGCUCUGUGCAAUAUACGGCAAAUGGACUGAAUGCCUAUACACAGUAGACGCUGCUACUUUUGACAACCACAAAAAGACAGACAGAAAGAAUUCAGACGAAAAAAAGGGCAACAAACAGAGCAAUGUGGAUGAGGAGCCAGAAGAGAUACCUCCACCUGAGGCUGAGACGGUCCAGAUCAUCCCAGGCAGCGAGCUCAUCUGGAAGAUAACGCCUCGACCAGAAAACUCAGCCAAGUUCUAUGCAUUCUCCACAUUCGCCAUGCACCUAAAUGAGCUGGAGACGAGCAUGGAGGGUGUUGUUCCCACGACAGAUAGUCGCCUCAGACCUGACAUCCGGGCCAUGGAGAAUGGAGAUAUAGAUUUGGCAAGUGCAGAGAAGAAGAGGCUCGAGGAGAAACAGAGAAUAGCCCGGAAAAAUCGCACCAAAUCAACAGAUGAAUGGAAAACAAGGUGGUUUCAGCAAGGACCCAACCCUCACAAUAAAGCUCAGGACUGGCUCUACUUGAAAGGCUACUGGGACAGGAACUACACUAACAUGCCUGACAUCUACUAAGUAUAAAUACACACAAAAAGAACAUACACCUUUGGACUUUAUCUGCUGUACUGGGGUUUGUUCUAGGGAACCCUAUACUUUAAGCAGUAGAAGACUGAAUGAACCCAGAGGCAUAUAUUCUUCAAUAGAUGUGUGAACAACAAAGCACAAAAACUCUCUUUUGCUUAUUUAUUGUGGUCCUUGACCACUUAAAAAUAUGGUUAUAGGCAUGUAUUGGAAAAACUAGAAUGUAUUUUAGAAAUAUUUAUAUUAUGUUAGAUGGAUGGAGUGUUUAAACAGCAAACUUGGUUUUGUUGUUGGUAGUCUGUUCAUAAUUCCUGCUGGUCAUGAAAACAUUUUACUCAUCAGCUACAAUGCAGACAUACAUGAGACAACAACACUACAAACGGCUACAAUGGAGUGCAUGAUGCAUCCUGAGCAUUUUGAUCAGACAUUUAUUUGACUCUUAUUCUACUUGUGCAUGCAUACUAAUGCAGUGCAAAGUAUUAAAAUGGACUGUUGGGGAACAUUUGCCUUUUUGUUCUUACUUUCUAGUUAGUACAUGAAUUAGUUUAACUGAAUGAAUUGCUUGUUUGCAAUUGAUUGUAAAUCUGUGUCUGGCUGUUUCUCUGCAAAGAUGAUGGCAAGUGAAAUGUUAGCACAUCUGACAAGAAUCAUGGCCACUACUACAACAAUAAGACUUGGGUUUUUACAAUAAAAUAAAUGUUUAAGAUAUCAUUAAGCCCUGAAUUAUGUACUGUAUAGAUGUGUAUAGACUAAAAUAGAUGCACAUGAAUCUACCUGACUUUGUUGAUAUAGUAGCACUUUUUUCUAACUCUGCUGAAGCAGGGACACUGGCUCGGCACUUAUAGAUUUGUGUGUGCGUGUGUAUAAAAGGUCUUGCAAUAGUUCAAGUAUAAUUAGUUACAUUCCUAGUGCUGUUGUUCUAACUGAAAUCUUAACCAUCACAAUAAAUGCAUGUGCAUCACUAUAACUAUGCAAGCCUUACCUCCUUCACAAUCAAGCACUGAAUAUUUAUUUUCCUCAUGUUCUGGAUAGCUGUAAAAGUUUUUUUUUUCUGUUACCACUCUUUUGGGUAUCAAAACGGAAUUUCUAUUGUUGCUAAAUAAAAGCUUAAUGUUAAUUGAA